AUGUCUGGCAGCUCUGAUCUAUUCAACCGGCUCGCAGACGAGACUAUUUUAGAUAUCAUGAGUCAUUUGUACCUUGACUCUUUCGAGGAAUUCGGGAAGAAGCCUCUCAAUGAGUCCAUUUGGCACCUCACCCUGUGUAGCAAAAGGCUUUGGCGCCUUGGCAUGGAGCCCUUAUACAGCUGUAUACGAGUGACAAAGCCUUGUCAUGUUAAUGGUAUACUAUCCUUUCUCAUGAAAACACCCGCCUACGGUAACUUUGUGAAGAAGCUGGAGGUAGAAUGCUACUACGAGGAUGAAGACGAAGUCGAAGACACAAACGGCCAAAAUACUCUCUAUAUGGAUGGUGAUAAUCCAUUUAUUAAAGAUGGAGAAUCCUAUACAGAUGUUCUUUUGGCUCUUGUCAAUGUGGCAAAACAUCACGGGCUCUCGAAGACAUUCAUCUCUGCGAUACAGUCCGGCAAGAACUGGGCCAGAGUGUUGUUAUUGAUUCAUCUACUACCAAGUUUAGAAGAAUUAAUCAUCACUCCUGAUGAUUUACCUUUGUAUGCGACUUGUCUUUCCAGGCUAUUUCAUCAAGGGCGUGUUUUUUCGAAGCUUCGCUCGUAUACGAGACGCUAUUACGACACAGAAGGCUCUUUCGCUGCUCAAACAUUGAUUCCCAUAUUUUUACAUCCCUCUGUGAUAGAGAUACAGGCGCACAGUGCCGCUAUGUGGGACGAUGGCGCCCUUGAUUGGCAGUGGCUGCUCCCUUUCGGAGUUCAAAUCGAGGCUUUGUAUGGUAAUUCGAAUGUGGAGACACUUGAGCUAUGGCGUUCUCGUAUCGAUGGUGACAAGUUCGCCACACUCCUUCGGCUGCCUCGAGCACUCAAGCGUCUUGUAUAUGUGGAUGAAAUAGCCGUGUCGUCCGAUUUCUGUUCCAAGGAUUCAUUCGAAAAGGCCCUUCACCUUACUUCACAGACGCUUGAAGUUCUCAGCGUUUGUUGGGAUGCAGACACAGCGUACAUCCAUGAGUUGUUGGUAGUGAAAACUGGCUAA